AAAGGAAGCAAUUGUCAUAAAUAAAGCUAUGUAUGUAACAACGGUUUUUCAAACUUUACCGUGGUAUAUGCCAUAAAAUAUUAUCACGAUAGAUCAAAUAUUUAUUGGACCAACUGCAAUACAUCUACGAUCAGCUAAAGGAUAGAAACGAAAUUGCUAUCUAUGACAAAUAUGGAUACAUUGGAAAACAUUUUACGACCAUAGUAUAUUUCUUGUAUGCGGCCUAUGUAGUAAUUCUGGUAUAGUAUAUUGGCCGUACAUUCUUGAUAUUAUUGUACCGAACAAUGAGUCUUAUGCAAUUCAUACGAUGCAAUUUGUAACCAAGUACUUCAAUGUCUCAGAGAAGUAUUAUUUUUUAGUUCUUGUGCAUUUGAACGCAGCGAUAACUACAGGGUUAAUUGUAUCGGUAGGAACGGAAACAAUGAUCUUUUCGUAUUUAAAGCAUAUCUGCGGUAUGUUUGAAAUUGCCAGUUAUCGUAUUGAACAAGCAAUGGCGCCCGAAUUGUUACAUACCGUUGACAUAAAGAGUAGAAUUGUGAUAUGCAGAGAAAUGAUAUGUGCCAUAGAUAUGCAACGCCAAGCUAUGCAGUGCACUAAGUGCUUCGUAACUAGUAUGGAAGGGACAGUUUUUAUUUUGAUAAUAAUUAAUGUGCUUUGCAUGAGUUGCAAUCUUUGCGAGUGA